GGAACAUAUUGUAGAAACUUCUCUCCAAUGACCCGGACAUUCACCGGGUGUCAAACCAAACGCUGCGACCGGUCCAUCCCUAAAUUGUACAUGUUAGUUAACAGUUGCAGCCUGGAGUUCUUUUAAAGAAAUGAACUUCGACUUAACAUUAUUAACCGUCUCAUGUCGUCGAUGCGUAAGUAACAUUGCCGUUUAGUGAAAUACCCAUUCGUGAUGAUUCUUAGAAAGAGAUAUUUCAUUUUGUAUGAAUGAACACAAUUCCUUUUAUGCUUAGUUCCGGAAAAUCCAACUUCCGGUAAUAAAAUAGCGAAUGAUUUUAAGUUUUUUUUUUUUAAAUUAAAACUAGUUUCUAUUUUUUUUGGUCGUGUUUUCAUGUUCCCAUCUGCUGAGGAAGGCUCUUAGCCGAAGCUUUCUUCUCUUAGAGUCCUGUCUUUCGAUUCAAGCUGCCACAUACAUUGCUCCACAAAUUCCUUCACACAUCAGUCCAUUUAUUAUGCUUGGUUUCCAUGUAAUAUGUUUUCUUUAUUACGACACGGACACCGGCGUUAUUGGAGUGCUGAAAGUCUGUGAUACGCCACACAGCCCAUUGUGCCAAAGUCAACAAUUUAGUUUAAACAAUCUCUUAUCUGCAACAUUCCCGACUCUCGGAACUCAGAACUAAUAGAGCUGGAAAACCGAGAAAGGGGACGGUACUAUCUUUAGUAACACAAGACACAAGAGUUAUCACGCAAUAAAAAAAAAAAAAUUACGAGACUAUAAAAUGGCUGUUACUUUUUAUAGGUGUGUUUGGGUUUUGUGUAAUUUUUGUGUACUUUAAAAAAAAAAAAAAAAAAAAAAAAAAAAAAAGGAAAAAAAAAAAAAAAAAAAAAAAAAAAAAAAAAACUAGUUUAAAUGCUGGGAGCUUUCUGGACAGCUCAAUGGAUAGAUGUUCAUUUUCUUGUUUUCUAACUCUUGAGCUGUUUACUGUUUGAACUCAAACACCAUAGUUUACAGUGUAGUCGGAGUAUUUCACUUUUGUCCUGUGUGUUUAACAACGAGCCAAUGAGCUGUGAACUUCAACCAUCGUAGUGUUUAGUGUACAUGAACUAUUGCGCUUAUAUGUUUAGCAGCAGGCCAAAGAAAAGGGUGUUUGGAUGAUACGACUGUCUUAUAUGUUUAGCAGCAAGCCAAAGAAAAAAAGCUGUUUAGAUGAUACGACUGGCUCGCAAUGAUUUCAAGUCAAAACAAUUGUAGGACAUGUUUAUUUUUAUGAGUUACGAUUCUAGUUGUGGCCAACUUUUGUGAUUCCAUUUGUUUAUAGUUGACACGGCAGGAAUCGAGUAGGAAACUUUUAGAUUCUAAUCUCACUAGGACGCCGUUACAGGCAUUUAUUGGAUUUUACACUGUAUUUUUUUCUUUUAUCUCAAGUGUGACUUCUUACAUUUUUUUUAAAAAUUCCAUUUAGGUAAUUUCGUCCUCAAACUCCGGCUUUCGUCUAACUAUCUUUCUAAAUCAACUCUGCUCUCUGUCCUUCUGAAAUACUUUUACUAUCUUUCCUCCAUCUCUCUUUAUUCUCUCUUUCCUCUCCAUUACUUCCUGGUGGCCAAACGUCCCUCUUUUCACCCUGUUAAAAUCAAAUCAUAUUUAUCUUUUCUUAAAAUCAGACCUAAGUUGAGAUAAUUUUUAUAUCAAAUUAACAUUAAUAUUUUCAAAACCUCAUCUUUCCAUUAGCCACUCUUUCUUUUUUUUUUUUUUAAUUUAAAGAUUGUUUAGCCGAAUCUAUAUAAUUUUAAGUGUGGAUGAAACAAGGUUUUCUUCAGGAAUGUUGCUGUUUUUUAAUGAUUUUUUUUCUUAUUUUGGAAGCUUUUUUCGAUAUAAAAAUAAAACUAUGUGUUUUUAUUUAAGAUUGAGGAAUGGAAUCAAUUUAGUUUGCGGUAUAAGUUGAUGAACGAACCCACAUUUAAAAACAGACAAACGCUUUUUUCGAAGACGAAUUGAAAGGGAAUCAGUUUGUGUGGGAUUGGUGGCACUUUUUCUACAAGAAAUGAUUCUACAAAGUGUUGAUUAGGUUUAAAUCAAAUCUAUUGGUAAAAUUUUAUAAUGGUUUAAAUCAGUGAUCCUUUAACUCUUUAAACACUGUACGCCAGCCAUUGUUGUGGACCGCUAUAAAAAAAUUGACGAAAUAAAAAAAAAUUUUAAAAAAUCAUCAUGAAAAAAACAAUAAAAUAUAAAAAAGUACAACAAUUUUAAUCAACAUAGACUUGGUAUUUCAAUGGUAAGUAAGAGCCAGCUUUUGGCUAAUGAAAUGGUCGAAUCCGAUUUCAAGUAUCUAAAUAAUAUCCGGCCCACUACCGGGUAUUAGUAGGGCGGAUAAAGUGGGCCGGGUUUAAGACCCCUGGUGGGCCGGAUCUGGCUCGAGGGCCCUAGUUUGGGAUCCCCUGAUUUACAUGAAAGGCAUGAACUGAAAUUUAUUCUUUGUAACUAAAGUGAAAUCUAUAGGGACUUUUUUUAAAUAUUAUAUUUUAUUUGAUGGCACUGAAUUAAAAUACAUUUGUUUGGAAUAUGAUUAAAAAAAUAAUUUGCUUUAACUAAAUUUAAGUAAGCUUCAAAAGAACAAAAGAAAUUCCGGAGCGAUCAGUUUUGCGGUUAACGAUUCUUGUUACAGAUUUACUGCGCUGCAAUAAAUUCCCCUGGAUAUUUUAGUGCCCGUAACACUUAAGUAACUUUAUAUAGACGUCUUCUUUUUAUGUCGAACGUUUAAGUGUAUUCAAAACUUUCUGUAGCUAUUUAACUCUCGUAAGCGAUGUAGCUAUAUAACUGUCUUUGGCUAUAUAACUGUCUUUAGCUAUAUAAACUCUCUUUAGCAGAUACAGCUUUCUUUAGAUGAUAAAACUCUCUUUAGCAGAUAAAAAUUUCUUUAACAGAUAAAACUCUCUUUAGCGAUAUAACUCUCUUUAGCUUUAUAACUUUCUUUAGAUAUAUAGACUCCCUUUAGCAGAUAAAACUCUGCCCAGCAGAUAUAACCUUCUUUAGCUAUAUAAACUCUCUUUAGCGAAUAACUUUAUUUAGCUAUACAACUUCAUUUAGCUAUAGAACUCUCUUUAGCUAUAUACUCUCUUUAUCUGUAUGUUCUCUUUAGCUAUACAACUCUCUUCAACAAUAUAAAUUGUCUGUAGCUAUAUAACUGUCUUACAUCUCUCUUUAGCUUUACAACUCUCUUUAGCAAUACAACUCUCUUCAACAAUAUAAAUUGUCUGUAGCUAUAUAACUGUCUUACAUCUCUCUUUAGCUUUACAACUCUCUUUAGCUAUACAACUCUCUUUAGCGAUUAACUCGCUUAGCUUUAUUACUCUUUUUAGCUACAUAACUGUUUUUAGCUGUUUUGAGUGUGUGGUAGCUUGAGUUGUUAUGAGUGUUGUAAGCAUGAGCUGUGAUUAGUCUGUCUUUGAUUCAACCCAAUGAGUGUUGUAAACAUGAGCUGUGAUAAGUCUGUCUUUGAUUCAAACCAAAGAGUGUUGUAAGCAUGAGCUGUGAUUAGUCUGUCUUUGAUUCAACCCAAUGAGUGUUGUAAGCAUGAGCUGUGAUUAGUCUGUCUUUGAUUCAACCCAGUGAGUGUUGUAAACAUGAGCUGUGAUAAGUCUGUCUUUGAUUCAAACCAAAGAGUGUUGUAAGCAUGAGCUGUGAUUAGUCGGUCUUUGAUUCAAACCAAAGAGUGUUGUAAGCAUGAGCUGUGAUUAGUCUGUCUUUGAUUCAACCCAAUGAGUGUUGUAAACAUGAGCUGUGAUAAGUCUGUCUUUGAUUCAACCCAAUGAGUGUUGUAAACAUGAGCGGUGAUAAGUCUGUCUUUGAUUUAACCCAAAGAGUGUUGUAAACAUGAGCUGUGAUAAGUCUGUCUUUGAUUCAACCCAAUGAGUGUUGUAAGCAUGAGCUGUGAUAACUCUGUCUUUGAUUCAAACCAAAGAGUGUUGUAAACAUGAGCUGUGAUUAGUCUGUCUUUGAUUAAUCCCUCGCAUACCGUGUGCUACAAAAAAAUACUCUUGGCAACAAAUGUAGCGGGCGUUAACUCCAACAACAGAAUGGUUCCCAUCAACAUUCUCACACAGGUGGGGGUGUUCUUGUAUUCCUGGGUGAUAUGUGUUGAUCUUGUCACAGUGAGUUUGCUACUUAAAGUCAUGGGUUAAUUAAACAACUUUUAAAAAGAAUGUUUUUCGUAUAAAUUCUUUAGAUGCAAAGAUAAGUUUACGCGCCAAAUGCACUUGAGAUUUUUUUAAUGUAUUUUUUUUUCUUUAAUCUCAUUUAGCGCAAGAGUCGGGAAUUUUAUGUCCAGAAAUCAGUGUCAUUACAUUUCCGUCAUCUUUCCCGUAAAAAAAAACGGAUUUUUUUCGGGGUUUGGGGUGGGGCUGAAAAUUUGAAAAAAUGUGUUGUCAUAAACAACGCGUGUAUGUGACAAGUUUCAGCUCGAUGGGUUGACAGGAAGUGGUUUAAUCAGCCUUCCGAAGAUUUGCGCCUUAAAUACACAAAUAAAAGCGAAAUUGAUAUGAAAGAUUUACAUUUUUUUUUAAAAAUUCCUUUUGCGUUCCCAACUACAACGCCUGGCUUGGUAUAACAAAAUAUGUAGCUCAGUCGGGAAAAAAAUCCCACUACUAGAUGUCCCGCGGCGUGGCAUACGUCGAAGAAUUGCUCUCUGACUCAGAGCUUGUUGGGGUGUACGCAUGGCUGGCAAGCGAGGGUGGUGCAGGGGGGGGGGGGCUGGCGGUGGCUCCAACGCAGUGCGAAUGUCUCGAGGUCAACGAUGGGCAGGGAAGGGGGGGGAGGGUUUGCCGGUGUUUUGCCUGCUUGCUCUGGCGUAUCUAUUUCAUGUCUCGAGAUCAACGAUGGGCAGGGAAGGGAGGGGAGGGUUUGCCUGUGUCUUGCCUGCUUGCUCUGGCGUAUCUAUUUAAAGCCUGCGUCUUUUUUGCCCUAGUUUCGCUGACGAAUUAUAUAUAUAUAUAUUUUUUAGGAGGAUAUGUCCAGACGCUUGAGUUAACAAGUGGUUCGGUAUCAGAACUGUGUGUACUUUCCCAAUCUGCGUUUAUCUGUGUAUAACGUUAUAGAACAAUGCGACAGAAUAAAAGACAUGACAGACACAUAUCAAAAAAAGUGUUGACAUAUAGCUAACGUAGCCGAGGGUUUAAUAUGUUAAAAAAAAUAAUAAUUAAAAAAUUGGAUGGCAUAAUAAAAUCACGACCGACAGUUAAACAAAAACAAACAAAAAAACUCAACUGAUAUCCGAUGGACGUGACAUAUACAAAUAUCAUGAUCUUGUUGGCGUGAUUUUAAAGAAGAAAUUAUACGAAUAUUUCAAAAUGAGUGUUGACUUUAAACAAAAAAAAACAAAAAAAACUCAGUGCCUUUUGUAUCUCGGUCAACAUGAGUUAUCUGUCUUAAUUUUUUUUUUGCCCCAAACAUUUCUGAAUCUCUGUUUAUGUUAAAAUGCCCACGUGAAAGAGAUAUCAUUGCUACUAAACAAAGGAGCCUGAUGUUUAAGUAGUGAGACGCAUCUAUUGAUUAUAGUAGACAGUCUUAUGAUUAUAGAAAGACACAUCUUAUGAUUAUAGUAAGACAAAUCUUAUGAUUAUUAUAAGACUUAUCUGAUGAUUAUUGUAAGAUACAUCUUAAAUAAUAGUAGGCAAAUCUUAUGAUUAUAGUAAUUCACAUCUUAUGAUUAUAGUAAGUAACAUCUUAUGAGUACAGUAAGACACAUUUUAUGAUAAUAGUAAGACACAUUUGAUGAUUAUAGAAUAAAACAUGUUAUGAUUAUAGUAAGACACAUCUUAUGACUAUAGAAAGAAACAUGUUAUGAUUAUAUUAAGACACAUCGUAUAAUUUUAGUAGGACUAAUCUUAUGAUUAUUGUAAGACAAACAUUAUUAUUAUAAGACACAUGUUAUGAUUAUAUAGCAAGACACAUGUUAUGAUUAUAUUUUAAGAAAAGUCAUAUGUCUGAUCUAAAAUCGUAUGUCUUGUGUCUCAAUAAUAAAAAGUUUACUAUAUACAUUUACAACAUAUCAUGAUUAGGGAUGGGGAAAAAAAACGUAAAAAUAUUAAUUUAAUACCUGACAUAGGGCAAUAGUGUCUGUGGGCCGUCAAGCGCGAUCUCUUAAUGCCUCCCAACCCCGGCUCUCCUCCACACAAGCCAGAUGCGGGCCUCCACGCUGCCAGAAAGUGCGGAAGACCGCCAGGAACCCCCCUCCCUCCCCCCCCCCCUGGUCAUUGGGGACACCCGGUCCACCAAAACCUUCGUUUACAGCGUUCGCUGUCGACUUCCCAAAUGACCUGGGCGGGUUUGAUAGCACUCCGGAGGGAAGGUUUUGCGUUACCACCCCCACCGCCUAGGGAGUCCUUCUGUCGGGACGAGAGCUGGGACGAAACGGUCGCCUAGGAGCGGCUUUCUCACGACCACGUAGCCAAGAUAAUCGGGAUGGAUUUUGACCACCACCCAAGCCUCAUGAAUCCAUCAAACAGCAACAAGUAAUUAUGUUACGACGGAACUACUCUAGUUGCGUUGGGAUUCAUGCUGUCGGCCGGGGUUUUUCGCUUUGGAAGAACAGUACCUCCCUACUACUCUGCCACACCAAGGAGAGACAAACUCCAUUUGGACGCCCCCGAGUUUCCUCGGAGACGCGAUCUUUAAGAGCAGGAACCAGACGCGAACUUAAUCAAAUGGUCCAAUAAGUUAUUCUGUGAUGGGAUUAUAGACGCAUGCGUAGUAAGGGUUUCAUAAAGUACAGACUGUGUCAUAUGCGUUACUUGAAAAGGAGGGGGUGCAUUUUUGUGAGAAAGACCCAAAAAUAAAAUCAUUUUAUUAUAUAUAUAUAACAAUGAUCUAGGCUGACCAUAACGCCAAAGAAACGAAGAGAUUUAAAUACGUUCUGAUUCUUAAAAACAAUGAAGUGAUUUUCUAUUAUUUUACGGAAAUCGAAUACAUUUAAAUUUGCGAAACAUAAAAUAUAUCCGCUUUUAUUUUAGUAUAUGUUUAAGUAUUAUUAUUUUAAAUUAGAAAUCAUACAAAAUAACAAUAAAUGACAUUUUUAAAACAAUUUAUUCGAGUUUGAAGCAAUGAAAUAAUUUUUUUUUUAAAUUAUGAUCUAAUAACUACAUCUUAAUCUAAUUUAUUGGGAAAACCCAAACAUAUGUUUUAUUUUGUUUUUUUUAGUGCGUUGUUAAAUUUAGCGAAGUAAAAUACAACUUAAUUUGCACUAAGAAAACACGCAAAUGACGUCAUAACGCGAAUUGCCUAUUUUAGCCAAAGCUCUAAGUUUCUUUGAUUUAAUAACUGCGCAUGACAGAACUGAUAAUGUAUUAUCCCCUUCUUAAAAGUAAAUUUUAAAAAUAUAAUUGAUUGCCUUUCAAAUUAUUAAUAAAACACAAAAAAUGGUUAGCUUUAAGUAUUACAUUUAAUACGUUUUUACAGUUUUACAUUUUAAAAAAAAUAUACUUUUAUUAAAUUUACAACUUAUUAAAAACUUAACCUUAAAAUACACUUUUAAUGAGAAAAUGCUGUGUCGGAUAAUCAUUGAAUUUUUUUUAAAAUAUAAAACAAUGUGUGGUAAAAGGUAUCUUGGCCUUUAUGAAUUUUAAUUAAGUUGGGGGACGUGCAAUAAAAUGUGUAGUUGCGUACGAAGGGGGUUAUCAUCCCCGUGAAUGAUGUUAUUCUUUUUUAAAAUGAAAAACUGUUGGUGAGUGUAUUUCAAUACUUUCAGUUUGCACCAUUCAGGACAAGAUAUGGCUCAAAAUAAAGGACUCGAUCUGAACAAAAUAAUUUACCUUCUUUGGUUCAUGUGCAUCGGGAGCAUUGGUUAAAUUUUUAAUGAAAUAUCAAUACAUCAAAUUUCUUUAUAUAUAUUAUAUUUAAACUAGAAUAUACGGUUUUUGUAGUCAAUUUAAGAUUAUAUGUUACAAUUUGUAGAGGAAAAAAAAUGUAAGUUCAUGGGCACAAAAUGGGUUAGGGUAGGCCCAACAUUUAACCAUUUAAAAACACAAAACAUCUGAAGUAUUUCUUCAGCACAGAAAUCAGCCGUCAAUUCACUCCUUUAGUGACAAUAAUGAUUUAAUUGGUGAUCAUUUAGAUAUGGUAAUUUAACGCCAUGUUUUGAGAACAAAAUUGUAGUUGAUGGGCGCGAAAAGAGUUGGGUUGGCGUGUCAUUUAGCAGAAAAUUACUUCUCAAAAUUUAAUGAUGUUAGAAAUUUGAAAAUUAUUACAUAUAUGCUUCUUUGCAAAAUAAGGAACUAUGAGUAUUUUUGGCAAUAGCAGUAAUAAUUAGCGCAAAGCUAUCUGAUUACAUCGGGUCUUUUAAUCUAGUUUGAAAAUAAAUAAAUACAAAUAUUUCGGUUUUGCUUAAAUGCCGGUUUACUUUAUUGAAAUAUAUAAUAUAUAUAUAUCUAUAUAUAUAUAUAUAUAUAUAUAUAUAUAUAUAUAGAUAUAUAUAUAUAUAUAUAUAUAUAUAAAUAUAUACAUAUAUUUGUUUUUUGUUUAUAUGUGUUUAUUUUUUAUUGAAAUAUAUAAUAUAUAUAUAUAUAUAUAUAUAUAUAUAUAUAUAUAUAUGUAUAUAGAUAUAUAUAUAUAUAUAUAUAUAUAUAUACAUGUUUACUUCAAUUUGACUUUUGCUAUAACCCUUCAAAAUUAUAUAUUAAGUUUCUAUAACUUGAAAGGAUCUAAAUGUUAGUUGUAGUCUUGAGCGUUACAUGUACACCAUUCACCUCUGCUGCUAGUUGCUCUGUUAUUGUUUUUUUAACAUCUUUAUGUACCUUAAUGAGAUGAUGCUCCAUAUUUUGCAAGAUCCGUGCAUAGGGUGAUAUAACAAGGUCCGCGUAUAGGAUGCUAUGUCAAGGUCCAUGUAUAGGAUGCUAUGUCAAGGACCAUGUUAUAGGAUGCUAUGUCAAGGUCCAUGCAUAGAAUGCUAUGUCAAGGCCCAUGUAUAGGAUGCUAUGUCAAGGUCCAUGCAUAGAAUGCUAUGUCAAGGCCCAUGUAUAGGAUGCUUUGUCAAGGUCCAUGCAUAGAAUUCUAUGUCAAGGUCCAUGCAUAGAAUGCUAUGUCAAGGCCCAUGUAUAGGAUGCUAUGUCAAGGCCCAUGCAUAGAAUGCUAUGUCAAGGUCCAUGCAUAGAAUGCUAUGUCCUAAAACAACUUUUUGCUUACUUAAAUGAUCACUCUCUUCUCAGUUCUAAUCAGUCGGCCUAUAGACAUUUCCAUAGCACGGAGACAGCUCUCUUGAGAGUCAGUAAUGACCUCUUGCGCGCAAUGGACAGCGGUAAUGUCUCCAUUUUGAUCCUCUUAGACCUCAGUGCGGCCUUUGACACUGUUGACCAUGAAAUCCUUUUCAAAACCCUUGAAAACUACUUUGGAAUUUCUGGUUCGGUUUUGGCUUGGUUUAGGUCCUACCUCUCUGAUAGAACGCAAAUGGUCUCUGUCGAUGGCUGUCUCUCCGGCAGUGCUGAUUUGGUGUACGGAGUGCCACAGGGGUCCGUUUUGGGUCCGGUUCUAUUCAUAAUGUAUACCAGACCACUACUCCUCUUGCUCGGGAGGCAUGCUGUUGAGAACCAGUCAUUUGCAGAUGAUACACAGCUAUACAUGCAUACCCAUCCAUCUCUUGUCGAUUCCGCUGUCCAGACUUUGCGGGGGUGCAUUGAUGAUGUCAAGUCUUGGAUGACACUCAGCAAGUUGAAGCUUAAUGAUGACAAAACAGAAGCACUCCUCAUUUACAAUCACAAAUCAUCCUCUACCUCAACUCUUCCCACCUCAUUUCAAGUAGGUAACUCCGACAUACAGUUUACACCCUCUGCUAGGAAUCUUGGUUAUAUUCUUUCUAACAACAUGUCUCUCGAUAAACAUAUCUCUCACAUUUGUCGUUCGGCAUACACCGCCAUCCGUCAGAUCAGCUCCAUCCGCCACUACCUGACAGUUAGCGCAACAAAAACUCUAGUCUGUGCUCUUGUUCUCUCUCGUCUUGACUAUUGCAACUCACUUCUGUCAGGUUCACCGAAACAUUUUAUAGAAAAACUGCAGAAAGUUCAAAACUCUGCUGCUAGGCUUGUUCUUAAGGCAAAAAAACAUGAUCACGUCACUCCACUACUCCACUCACUACAUUGGCUCCCUAUACAGGCACGCAUUGACUACAAGCUGUCUCUUCUCUGUCACAACUUUUUCUCGGAUUCCUGCCCUUCCUAUCUAACUGAACUUCUUUCUGUCUAUUCACCCCUUCGACAACUUCGCUCCUCCGCAGACUCGCGUAUUCUGUCCGUUCCCAAGACACGCACUAAAUUAUAUGGUGAACGAUCUUUCUCUUUCUGCGCCCCCAAACAAUGGAAUUCUUUGCCACUACACAUCCGCAAUAUAACAACCACACAUGCCUUCAAAACAGCACUCAAAACACAUCUAUUUAAACUAUACUACCCUGACUGAUUCUCCUCCUGUAAACCGAUAAACGUACAUGGGUUUCCUUGUAAACAUGUCUGGUGUGGGUGGAUGAAUAUACCUCUGGUGUUGUUUUGCUUAUAUGUUGUUUUUAUUUCAUUUAAGUAUUUUAUUUUAAUAUUAUGAUUAUGCCUCUUUGCUAUAUAUGUACAGCGCGUUGAGCCCAGCCCUAGGCCGGGGUACCGCGCUAUAUAAGACCACUUAUUAUUAUUAUUAUUAUGUCAAGGCCCAUGUAUAGGAUGUCAAGGCCCAUGUAUAGGAUGUUAUGUCAAGGUCCAUCAUGUGUAGGGUGAUAUGUCAAGUUCUAUGUAUAGGGUGAUAUGCCAAGGUCCAUGUAUAGUGCGCUAUCAAAAUCCGUGUUUAGAGUGAUAUGUCAAUGUCCAUGUAUAAUGUGCUAAGUCGUUUCUUUUUGUUAGUUGUAAAGUUUGUUUUAUCUUAUGUGUUCAUUUAUUGAGUUGUGAUGUGUAAAUUAAGAUAUUUUAGUUUUAGCAAUGCGAAGAAGUAAGGGAAGAAUAAAUAGAGACAGUAAAUGUAACUCUAAUUGUACAAGAAAUGAUGUAACUUUUUGUAAGGGUUUUGUUCAACAAGUUUCAAGACAGUUUUAGUUUAUACAUAUAGUUUUUCUAAUUUAUAAUUUUGUUAAACCUUUGUCCACAUAUUUUGUAUCACUUAUUUUUAACAAGUAUUUUGUUGGGUAGUUGUAUUCAGUAAGGAUGUUGAUUGAAUCAUUGGCUUGCUAUUCAAAUAUUCGGUGUUUGUGUUCCAUUUAUAAUACUUCUUUUUUUUUUUUUUUUUUAUUAUUUGUUUUUUUUUUUUUUUUUUUAAUUUUUUUUUUUUUUUUUUUUUUUUGGACAAGUAUCAAGGUCAAGCUUUGAAUCCAUUAUUUCACGUUCAUGUUAUGCGAAAUCCAAGCCAAAAAGAGAACAAAGUUCUCAUUAAAGAAGUAAGGAUGUUGAUUGAAUCAUUGGCUUGCUAUUCAAAUAUUCGGUGUUUGUGUUCCAUUUAUAAUACUUCUUUUUUUUUUUUUUUUUGGACAAGUAUCAAGGUCAAGCUUUGAAUCCAUUAUUUCACGUUCAUGUUAUGCGAAAUCCAAGCCAAAAAGAGAACAAAGUUCUCAUUAAAGAAUCGAAUGUCACCAGAUGACAAGAACGGACCGAUCCCGCCUUGACAAGAAUUGACCAAUCACGGCAUGACAAGAAUUGACCAAUCAAGACAUGAUGACACUUAACACCCAUCAAGCCACGACAAGAGCUGACCAAUCAAGCCAUGGGUAGACCAACCUUCAGGUGGGUGUGGUGCGCGGCCACAUUCUUCGCCAUCUCCACUGUCGUCAACCUCGGGAUCCUUUUCUACACAGAGCCGGGUUCCCGCCGUCACAGCAGUUCGAAACUGACACAGCGUCGUCUGAGAGCGUUCGAGCACGGCGAGCCACUGGCUCUCGCCAACUCAGCCCCUAAAUGCAUGAAUUACGUGAUUGGCCUCCACAAGGAACACGUGAUGUCCAACACCGCCUCGUCGAAAUUUCAGGAAAAAGUUUCUAUGAUUCAGACCUGCGAGAGCGUUCUAGCGGCCGCCGUGAAAUCCAACGCCAUCUUAGCUCGCGAGAUCGACACGCAGAGAUCGAUCGUUUCAUUUUUAUCGGGGCCAGUCGUUAACGGGAACAUCCCGGACGUACUUCGCGCUCCAAGAAAUUAUUGCGGCGACGCAAGACAGGAAGUCAUUGUUGCCGUGGCAUCUGUCGUUGAACAUUUCCACAAAAGAGAAUUUUUUAGGAAUGCGUCAUUCGGGAAUUAUAUUAGGGGUGCUGUAAACAAUAUGAAAUUGGUAUAUAUUAUUGGUGUGCCUAAAGAUCAAAGCAGUGGUUCUAAAAUUCGUCUGAAGAUGAAGGUGGAGUUGGAAAAUUAUGACGAUAUUUUGCAGGCGAAUGUGGAAGAUUCACACCGAAAUGACGCACUGAAAAUUAUGUUUUUUUACAACUGGGCAAGCAAAUUUUGUUCCCAGGCGAAAUACGUCAUUAUCGCUCGAGAUGACGUCACUGUGGACCUAAAGAAUGUCGUGGCAGCUCUCAAAUAUGCGGAACGGGAUUUCAACGAGUUCAUCCUUGGACGAAAAGUGAGGGGCGGGCGAAGCCGAAAAGAGUACGCCUCUGAGCGGGAACAUCCCAAUGCGACAAUUCCCAGCCACCUCCAUCUGGGCGUCAUCGCGCACCCAGUCAGCACGAUGAGGUUGCUGUACCAGGCGGCCUUGAGGACGAGCCCUAUGACAACAGCUGGCGUGUUCUUCACCGGCGUCUGUGCGCGUAAAGUGAACGUCUCAGUGCUGGACAGCAGGGCCUUUUAUUAACGGAAUUAGAACCUUCGAGAAACGGAUCAUGGAAUAUGUUAUUGUUGAAUAUCAUGUUUUAACAUCCUUUAAUUCCCCCUACCAUUGCCAAAAAAAAAAAAAAAUCCUGCCAAUCUAACCAAUGCAUUGGUCCUGACUACGGCAGGGAACACCCUGACCAAAACUAAAUCCCUCCCUCGACCAAUUAAUUAUAUGGUCACCCUGCCCAACACACCGUCUAUCAGACGAAAACCUGAACAAUGGGUCCAGCACGUGGACACCCUGAUCAAUCUACGGGCACCCUUUACAAUGCACGGGUGUCUUCAACAGUACGUGGGUACUCUGACCAACACAUGGACCACCGGCCAAGUGGACAGGAGAGCAGGAUGAACUGUGCUAUUUUUCUUGUACUUCUGAGUUUACGACUCCAUAUUUCUUGGUCAUCUUAUGAAACUAUUUUGUACCGACUAUGGAAUUCCUAAAUCAGAUUCCCCUUUUAAUGAGGCUCUCCGCCGUGAUCAUUCCUGCCUCAUCCACUAUCAAUUCUAAAAAUAGAAAUGAAAAUUCUUAUCCAGCAUUCAAAUUUCAAAAUGUAUCAACGAAUGCUUAUUUUCAAAAGGGUGGGGGGAAACUGUCAGAGACGUUUGCGAAAGUUCAUUUUUUAUGUCGGCCUUGUCAAAGAUGUGUUUGUGCUGGAAAUUAAAAGACAAUACAAUGAAGCGGACGUUGUGGCUAGACGGAUUCUUCGGCAGACGUUCAAUCAUCGGUACAUUUAAAACUGUUCAAUUUCAGACCAGAUUUGUUUUUUUACUUUCAGGUUUGCAUGCCCCUGACUGCUUCAUAUCAGCGCUUCAAACAAUUUUUAGUUUUUCGGUCCGGUAGACAAGUUCCGAAGCUGCAUCCGGGACCCUUGCCAGAAUUAUUAAUGCAUAAUUUAUUAUUAUUUGACCAGCGGUGUUCAUGUUGUGCGGACCGGGUACCUAAUGCACACGGCCCGGUGCCAGUCAUGAACCACCCUUAGUGGAACGCUGGGGGGGGGUUGGGGGGGGGGGGCAAUUGCCAGAAUUAUUAAUGCAUAAUUUAUUAUUAUUGGACCAGCGGUGUUCAUGUUGUGCGGCCCGGGUACCUAAUGCACACGGCCCGGUGCCAGUCAUGAACCACCCUUAGUGGAAAGCUGGGGGUGGGUUGGGGGGGGGGGGGCAACACACUACUUGUAGAUGCUAUAAAAGAAAAAGUAAAACAUAAAAGUAACGUCAUAUUUGAGGUAAAAUAUAAAAGUGAAGCUGUAUUUGAGAUAAAAUAUAAAGGUAAUUUUAUAUUUGAGGUAAAAUAUAAAAGUAAUAUUACAUUUGAGGUAAAAUAUAAAAGUAAUGCUGUAUUUGAGGUAAAAUAUAAAAGUAAUAUUACAUUUGAGGUAAAAUAUAAAAGUAAUGCUGUAUUUGAGGUAAAAUAUAAAAGUAAUAUUACAUUUGAGGUAAAAUAUAAAAGUAAUGUUAAAUUUGAGGUAAAAUAUAAAAGCAAUGUUAUAUUUGAGGUAAAUAUAAAAGUAAUGUCAAAUUUGAAGUGAAAUGUAAGAGUAAAGUCAUAUUUGAAGUAAAAUAUAAAAGUAAUGUCAUAUUUGAAGUAAACUGUAUAAGUAAAGUCACAUUUUUUAGUAAAAUAUAAAAGUAGUGGCAUAGUUGAAGUAAAAUACUAAAGUAAAAUCACAUUCGAAGUGAAAUACUAAAGUAAUGUCACAUUUAAAGUAAAGUAUGGAAGUAAUUUGUUACGGCCUUCUCCCAUUGUCUCGGGGUUACAAUCUCCGAUCGUGACUACUCGAUGUCUAACCAUAUGCCAGACCUGUAUGGUUCAUUCUUGUCUCUCUUUCUCGCUCGGUCAAGCAACUCAAACACCGACAAGUCCAUUUUAAAUGUGUAAUCAUGUACAUGUACUGAAACUUCCACUUGUUACAAACACAGUUGCUAAACAAUUCAUCCAGCAGAAGAAUGCAAUCCUCAGGCAACGAGCCAUACAGUGAAUCUAACAAAAAUUGCUAUAUCUCUCGACUCUACUCUGGAUUCCGACACAUCAGCUGUCCUAGGAGUUGUCCUAUCAACUCAUCAACUCAACUCCUAUCAACUCAUCAGCUCAACUAAUAUCAACACAUCAGCUCAACUCCUAUCAACACAUUAGCUCAACUCCUAUCAACACAUCAGCUCAACUCCUAUCAACACAUCAGCUCAACUCCUAUCAACACAUCAGCUCAACUCCUAUCAACACAUCAGCUCAACUCCUAUCAGCACAUCAGGUCAACUCCUAUCAACACAUCAACUCAACUCCUAUCAACUCAUCAGCUCAACUCCUAUCAACACAUCAGCUCAACUCCUAUCAACUCAUCAGCUCAACUCCUAUCAACACAUCAGCUCAACUCCUAUCAACACAUCAGCUCAACUCCUAUCAACACAUCAGCUCAACUCCUAUCAACACAUCAGCUCAACUCCUAUCAACACAUCAGCUCAACUCCUAUCAACACAUCAGCUCAACUCCUAUCAACACAUCAGCUCAACUCCUAUCAACACAUCAGCUCAACUCCUAUCAACACAUCAGCUCAACUCCUAUCAACACAUCAGCUCAACUCCUAUCAACACAUCAGCUCAACUCCUAUCAACACAUCAGCUCAACUCCUAUCAACACAUCAGCUCAACUCCUAUCAACACAUCAGCUCAACUCCUAUCAACACAUCAGCUCAACUCCUAUCAACACAUCAGCUCAACUCCUAUCAACACAUCAGCUCAACUCCUAUCAACACAUCAGCUCAACUCCUAUCAACACAUCAGCUCAACUCCUAUCAACACAUCAGCUCAACUCCUAUCAACACAUCAGCUCAACUCCUAUCAACACAUCAGCUCAACUCCUAUCAACACAUCAGCUCAACUCCUAUCAACACAUCAGCUCAACUCCUAUCAACACAUCAGCUCAACUCCUAUCAACACAUCAGCUCAACUCCUAUCAACACAUCAGCUCAACUCCUAUCAACACAUCAGCUCAACUCCUAUCAACACAUCAGCUCAACUCCUAUCAACACAUCAGCUCAACUCCUAUCAACACAUCAGCUCAACUCCUAUCAACACAUCAGCUCAACUCCUAUCAACACAUCAGCUCAACUCCUAUCAACACAUCAGCUCAACUCCUAUCAACACAUCAGCUCAACUCCUAUCAACACAUCAGCUCAACUCCUAUCAACACAUCAGCUCAACUCCUAUCAACACAUCAGCUCAACUCCUAUCAACACAUCAGCUCAACUCCUAUCAACACAUCAGCUCAACUCCUAUCAACACAUCAGCUCAACUCCUAUCAACACAUCAGCUCAACUCCUAUCAACACAUCAGCUCAACUCCUAUCAACACAUCAGCUCAACUCCUAUCAACACAUCAGCUCAACUCCUAUCAACACAUCAGCUCAACUCCUAUCAACACAUCAGCUCAACUCCUAUCAACACAUCAGUUCACGCCUUGUAUUCCCCCCCCUCCCCCACUCGUUUAUUAAUAUUUCUAUCUCAUCCAAUCACCAUUUAGCCACAAUAAUACAAUUUAAUGACCUAACUCAUGGACCAAAAAGUGUUAAAUGAACAGAAACUGGGAUUCUCAUACAAACGUUCACCAUCCAUGAACAACUUUUCACACCAAAACGACACGCUACCAAAUCUAGUUCACAACGAAAUGUCACAUUUGAAGUAGAAUAUAAAAGUAACGUCAUGUUUGAAUUAAAAUGCCAAAAUGAAUGUGGUAUUUUAAGUGAGAUGUAAAAGAAAUGGCAUAUUUAAUUUUCACCUGCAGUUGUCUCUAUUGCGAGGAAAGCUUUUGGCCGAUACGUUGCCUAUCCUCCAAACUACCACAACCUUUGGGAUGCUGCUAUGUUGCUUAUGUACAUCUUGAUAGCUGUCUCGCUCCAUCGAAAAACAGUUAUUCUCAUGAGCACUAAUUUAUGGGAUUAGUUGGUGUACUACAUCUGCGGGGGGUGAGAACUUUAGCAGAGAAAAUUAUGAUUACUAUUAUUUUUUAUUAUGAGUGGUCUUAUAUAGCGCGGUACUCUAGCCUAGGGCUGGGCUCACCCCGCUGUACGUAAAGAUAUUAGCAAAAGAGACAUAAUCGUGACAAUAAUAUUACAUCAGGCUCAAAAGUCAAGGCGUCCGACAAAUGCAUGGCAAUGUAAAACCCUUUAUUAUUUUUAAAAGUGACGUCAUUAAACUAUGUUGUGUUAUUUAUAGUUAGUGUUGCGGGGUAAAACGUCACGCCUACGAAGGGACGCAACUGCUAAAGUAUUUGAAUCAUCAAUAUGGCUGAAGUUAUUGUCUUUGUACUCGUUACCGAAUACGAAAUUUGAAUUUGGUGUUUUGAAUCUAAGUAAAUAGCUGAACAUUCUCAAAUUAUAAAAAAAGGCGAGUACAGCUUGUGUUGGACUGUGUUUGUAAGUUUGAAAUGUUUCUCUGGAACUUCAAACUACUUUAACGUGUUAAAAUAUAUCGAACAGGCAAACGUUAUUGAUCUGAAGCAAUUAAUAAUAGUUUGAAACUCAAAAUAAACAUUUUAAUCAACUGAAUGUUGGGGAAUUUUUGCUUUAGUUGUAUACGAUUUCACUGAUAUAAAAAAAAAACACAUUAAUAAAUUAUAUGAUGUCUUUUGUAGACGACGCAUGUAUUCUUAACAUAAUUAUGCCAUUCAUAUACGGUUUGUAAAAAUGACCAGUUUUGAAAAUCCAUAAAAAUGUAUAGACCUUUCUAAGAAACGUGUUUUUAUAUCUUUUUUUGACUCUGGUAAAAACUCGGACCAACUUGGCAACACAACUGAAACGAAUUUAGUUCAUGUUGAGCUGGGGCGGUGAUGUUAGAGAUGUCCCUGGCAAUGGCUAAUUUUGGAGCUCCCGACCGGAAAGUCUGAAAUGCCCCACAUUAAAUUUUCUGAAGGAAACUUUGAAAUCAAGUAUACGCCAAAAUUUUGCCCGAAAGUCUUCGGUGCCCACAAUUUCUACACCCCCCCCCCCAACCCCGAUCAACUCACGUGCAUCAUUGUGACAGUAUGGGGUCAAAGGUAACCUUGUGCCAACUGAUUAUCCUUGGGCACGCCAAAGCCGGAGUGAAAUGCAGUUUAUGUACGGAAUGUGGGCGACAUAUAGUCUCCCCCUUUCGACGCUUAAAAGAUUCCAUGACCCGAUCAAAAAGUCUAAUAGAAAAAUUGAUUUUAAAUAUACUACAAAAUCUCCAACUCCCGCGCCCCCCCCACCCACACACAAUUUUUCUUGAUUUUAAAGUAAUUUUUAAAAUCUCCAAACCACUCCCCGAAAAUUUUUGCACCGCCCCCUGACACAAAACAAACGCUGUGGUGGCCCCAAAAAUGUCACUCCUCAAAAUAAAGGAAAAAAAAAAAGGUGACAUCUUGGUGGACCACCCUAUCCGCCACUUCCUCUCCCCACCCCCCUUUCUACGCCACUGCAGGGGCACCAGGGGACAAAGUUCCUUUUCUUUUACGCCCUUACUUGUUCAACUCUGAAAUCCAUUAUUUUCAUCCAUAAUAUAAUACCAACAACUCAAAUUUCGGCGCCCCCUCCAAUCUGAUGCGAGGGAUACAUCUGCACCCUUUACCCCCUCCCUUGGAUUCGACUCUGGCCACUGGCAGUGCCCACCGGAUCAUCCGAAACGCUCUACCUCACCCCCCCCACCCCCUCCCCUCCCCCCCCCCUCCCGGAAUAUAUUGUCUGACAAGAAGCACUUAUUUAGGCAUCGGCAUUUUUGUGAAACUUCAGACGGUUUUUGUUACCUUUGAUGGAUGGCAUGGUUAACCUUUGCCUACAACCCCACCCACAAUUUACAUACACACAAUUUACUCUUUUCAUGUUUCAUCAUAUACAUAUACAUAGACAUACAGACUUAAAGUUUUUUGUGUGUGUUUCUCUCUUUCCUUUGACGAUAAGUUUUGUAAUAAAACAUGAGACACAACAACUUUCAAAUACAUACCUAUUAAUAUAUAUAUAUAGUUACUUUAUGUGCUUUUCUUAACUACUUUAGGGAUUCUUAAUCCAGCACCCCAUUGCAGUGUCAGGGGUUUUCACAUACUAUUGGAGUGUCAGGGGUGUUCACAUACCAUUGGAGUAUCAGGGGUGUUCACAUACCAAUUGGAGUUUCAGAGGUGUUCACAUACCAUAGGAGUGUCAGGGGUGUUCACAUACCAUUGGAGUGUCAGAGGUGUUCACAUACCAUUGGAGUGUCAGAGGUGUUCACAUACAGUUGGAGUGUCAGAGUUGUUCACAUACCAUUGGAGUGUCAGGGGUUUCGAAAUAUUCAGAAAAUCUGGUUUAUUUGCAUCAUUAUCAGCAUUUUGGUUGCUGUUGUAGGUGUUAAAAUCGAAAAGGACUUUUGGGAAAAGUUUUUGAAACUAAACGGCAGGGGAGUGACACUGCGUUAAAAUAAAGUUUUAAGAACACCUGAUCUAAUUAACAAGCAUUAUCUUUCAGGUCCCUUCACCCCGCCUACUGGUAACUAUAACCACACGAGACGGAAACCAAGCAGCCCAAUGAAAAGUGACUGCUCACGCAGGCAGGUGCUCCUGCUCUACCCUCUGCUGGCCAUCUUGACCGUUUCCCUGGCGCUGAACAUCAAACUAAUGCUCUCCCAUUCUUCUGAGACGCCCGCCUGGACUACCACUUCCCACGCCGCGAGACUCGGGGACAAGGCCAUUAAGGCCGAGAUGGAGAAGAAGGAGUUCGAGCUCGCCCAGUUGAGGUCCACCGUGUUUUUCUUGUUCAAGCCCGUCAUCCAGACUUUGAACGCCACGUUCCUGGAGUCGUCGGUGUCCUUAAACUGCUUCGUCAAGACGCCGGGUCCAGUGAUCGUCGUGGAGUCGAUGCUCGGGCACGGCUGGCUACGGAAUCUAAUCAGGGAACGGGUGCAGGCCAAGAAAACCGGAGGUGGCACCGCCACUAAGGGCAAUAAAAAGUAUCGAGGGAGUUUGCGCGUGGUGUUCUUUGUCGGGAAGACUCCCAAAGCCUCUAUCGAUUUCAAGGAAGCGAUCAGGCGAGAGACGAGCACCUAUAAGGACAUCGUCCAGGGAAGUUACGACGACGCGGAUACAGCAAUGAAAACGCUGUCGAUGCUCAGGUGGCUGCGGGACUACUGCUGGCGGUACCACUUCAUCAUUCAGCUCCACGAGCAGGCGAUCUCCCCCGCCGACAAGUGGACCAAUGACGUCUUCGACAUGCUCAAGGCGAUGCGGCUGGCCAGCGAGGAGCUCGACCACUUCGUCAUGGCGGGCGCGAAGCCGCAGAAGCCCGGUUCCGGGACAGGGACCGCGAAUAAGGUGCUGGGGUACACUCGGAGCACGGUGCCGAUCCUGCUUCAGGCCGGGAUCAGGCUGGACGAGACGCACGGUAGCAGCAUCCGUCACGUGGAGAGCUACUCGUCCGCGUUGAACAUUCCCUUCCUCCUGGACGGGUCGUUCAAAAUAAAUCGCAAUGGCGGUGGUGUGCGAGGCUUCCUUUUCAGCUGAGUCUUCAGUUGGCGUGGCUUUCUUUUCAGCUGAGUUUUCAGUGGGCGUGGCUUUCUUUUCAGCUGAGUCUUCAGGCCACGUGAAGCAUUUAGGAGCUGAUUUUUUUUCUUCUAUUAAAGAACGAGAAAAAAACUUUUAUGAGAAAUAAAUAACGUCGUGUACUUGAAUAACAGCUGCUUAUCUUUUUCUUUUUUUUUUUUUAAAGAAAUUAUGUAUUAGACUCCUUAUCUGUCGUUGGUUCAAACACAAGUCCCAAAGAGCGGUCCCAACACUGGGUCACAGUAUGCAGAAUUCUGUUCAUGGUUUUUACCAACUUAUCACGGUUAAGGAAGACAUAGGAAGACGUUAACUUUCUUUCUAUAGCGAGAAGCACCAGUUUUAGUGAUAUCAUGACAAUGUCCACAAUAACUUCAUGCUGA